AAAUUUAACCUCCCUUCUUAACCUCAAAUAAUUAAAACUAGUGUUUUCUGUUUUGAAAAAGUUAGAUUUUGAUUUUUUAGUUAGCCUGAAAUGGAAAUGGACUCAAUGGAAAGCGGAGGGAAGGAAUUGCUAUCAUGCCGUUUCAAAUCAGAAACAGGCGAAGUUUUAGGAGAUAUCAUGGAUUUGCCAGUCAAUUGUACACUGCAACAGUUAACUUUGAUCUGUAAUGCUCUUUUAGAGCAGGAAGAACCAGUCCCGUAUCUUUUUUUCGUAAACGAAACAGAAAUAACUAAUUCCCUGCAAAAGACACUUGAUAUUACAAAUAUAAACACUGAAGAAGUUAUCGAUAUUGUAUACCAACAGCAGGCUGUCUUUCGAGUAAGACCAGUCACGCGAUGCACAAGUUCUAUGCCUGGUCAUGCUGAAGCUGUGAUAUCAGUCAGCUUCAGUCCUGAUGGUCUCAAUUUAGCCAGUGGGUCAGGUGACACUACUGUUAGAUUCUGGGAUGUUUUGACUCAAACACCAUUGCACACGUGCAAGGGUCACAGAAACUGGGUUCUUUGUAUAUCGUGGUCACCAGAUAGCAAGAAAUUGGCUUCAGCAUGUAAAGAUGGUAAAAUUAUCAUAUGGGACCCUUUUACUGGGAAACAAUUGGGUAAAACGAUGAUAGGCCAUAAACAAUGGGUGACUUCUCUGAGCUGGGAGCCUUAUCAUCAAAAUACAGAAUGUAGAUUGCUAGCUAGUUCUUCAAAAGAUGGUGAUGUCAGAAUAUGGGAUACAGUUUUAUGUCAAACAUUGAGGACGAUAAGUGGUCACUUGAAAAGUGUAACUGUUGUCAAGUGGGGUGGCUCAGGACUUAUCUACACCGCUUCACAAGACAGAAGUAUAAAAGUCUGGAGGGCACAAGAUGGUAUAUUGUGUAGGACAUUGGAAGGCCAUGCACAUUGGGUGAAUACACUGGCACUAAACACAGAUUACAUUUUAAAAAUAGGAGCCUUUGACCCAGUUAAAGAUUCUAAUAAAAAUACAUUGGAUGAGAAUAAGAAAAAAUCUCAAGAAUUUGCUCUGAAAAGGUAUAAAGAAGUGACAGAAGCAUGUGGUGAACGGUUAGUUUCUGGUUCAGACGAUUUCACAAUGUUCCUCUGGGACCCAACGAAAGACAAGAAACCAAUAGCGAGGCUCACAGGCCAUCAACAGUUGGUUAAUGAUGUCAAAUUUUCACCAGAUGGUAGGAUACUUGCCUCUGCUUCUUUUGACAAAUCCAUAAGACUUUGGCAGGCUAAAACUGGAAAGUUUAUAGCAACUUUACGUGGACAUGUCCAGGCUGUGUAUAUGGUAGCCUUUUCUGCUGAUUCAAGAUUGAUGGUCAGUGGAAGUGCAGAUUCCACUUUGAAAUUGUGGAAUUUGAAGACGAACAAGUUGGAAAUCGAUUUACCUGGUCACGGAGAUGAAGUUUAUGCAGUGGACUGGUCAACAGAUGGUUAUAGAGUUGCUUCAGGUGGUAAAGAUAAAGUUUUGAAAUUGUGGCAAUAUUAAAAUAUUUUCAAAAGUAUGAAAAA